GGAGAGGAGAGUGGUCCAGCCGUGAGUCACGGCCGUGACGCAGACAGAGAGAAGGACAAGGCGCAGCAUCCUCUCCAUCCUCCAUAGCACAAGAACGACUGACAAAAGAGGGGGGAAGAAAUCGCGAUUUUGAGGCUUGUUAUCAGGCCCAAUCACAUAAACAGAAUGACUAAAGAGGAAACUUCUGAGGUGGAAGAGGCCCAGCCGGCCUCUGAGUUAAUCAGCCCUGUUCAUGAACCCCACAAGAAACCCAUGGUGCAUCCAUCUGCACAGGCUCCACUGCCCAAGGACUAUGCAUUUACCUUCUUUGAUCCAAAUGAUCCGGCCUGCUUGGAGAUUCUGACAGACCCUCGGACCACAAUCCCAGAAUUGUUCGCCAUUAUUCGCCAAUGGGUUCCACAAGUUCAACACAAGAUCGACAUCAUAGGCACUGAGAUUUUAAAGCGAGGCUGCCAUGUGAAUGACCGUGAUGGCCUGACGGAUAUGACUCUUCUCCACUACUGCUGCAAAGCAGGAGCUCACGGAGUGGGUGAUCCUGAGGCAGCGCUCCGGCUGUCCAAUCAGCUGCUUGCUCAGGGAGCUGAUGUGAGUUUGCGCAGUUGUUGGACCAACAUGAAUGCCUUACAUUAUGCAGCUUACUUCGAUGUACCAGAACUGAUUCGUGUUUUGCUCAAAGGCUCCAAGCCUAAAGUGCUUAACUCCACCUGCAGUGACUUUUAUCAUGGCACAGCCCUGCACAUCGCCGCCUCCAACCUCUGUCUCGGUGCUGUCAAGUGUCUACUGGAGCACGGAGCCAAUCCUACUGUUAGAAAUGAUAAGGGUCAAGAGCCUGCUGAGGUUGUCCCUGACCCCAUAGACAUGAGUCUGGAUAAAGCUGAGGCUGCCAUGGUGGCUAAAGAGCUGAAACAGUUGCUGCUGGACGCAGUGCCUCUCAGCUGUAACCUGCCCCGUGCCACCCUCCCAAACUAUGACAACAUCCCCGGCAACCUCAUGCUCUCCUCUCUGGGCCUCAAACUAGGGGACCGUGUGGUGCUGGAUGAAACAAAGACUGGCAACCUCCGUUUCUGUGGCACUACUGAGUUUGCUAGUGGGCAGUGGGUUGGUAUUGAGCUGGACGAGCCAGAGGGCAAGAAUGAUGGGAGUGUGGGUGGUAUCCGCUAUUUCAUCUGCCCCCCAAAACAAGGCAUCUUCGCCCCUGUGUCAAAAAUCAGCAAAGCUCUUGAGCAGACCCCCUCUUCAGUCACCUCCACCCCAAAAACCCCUCGCAUGGAUUUAUCUCGCGUAACCGGCAAGAUCAAAAAAGAAAAAAAAGAGAAAGAUCGUGAAAAGACUCCAAGAAAGAAGUCUCUGUCCGGGGUCAGUUUGGAUCCCGAUGGAGUCAAUGUUGAGGUUGGGGAUCAGGUGUUGGUGGCGGGCCAAAAGCAAGGGAUCGUCCGAUUUUUUGGCAAGACAGACUUUGCAUCCGGAUAUUGGUUUGGUGUGGAGUUGGAGCAGCCCACUGGAAAGCAUGAUGGCAGUGUAUUUGGAGUACGUUACUUCCACUGUUUGCCCAAAUAUGGGGUUUUUGCACCACCAUCCCGUGUUCAGAGAAUUGCAGGGCCCAAAGAUCCUCAGGGUGAUGGGACCCUACUGAAGAAAGUCCACCAGGUGACUAUGUCCCAGCCGAAGCGUAAUUUUAAUGCGAUGCGAUCUCCGAAAGACAUAACAUCUGAAAGUUCCAUAUCCAGCAGGUUGCUCUUCUGUUGCUGGUUUCCUUGGAUGCUGCGUGCAGAGAUGCAGACAUAAAUCCACUGGUUACAUCUUUAAUUAUAUCUCCCUCCUCUUUCUGUUCCUCCUCAAGAUAAAUUCUCACUCACUCUGUGUACUACCAAUAUUCAUAUGUGCUUCUCUUUGUGAACUACCCAGGCUGCUGUCCUGCCCCUUUGACAGCAAUUCAAUAGCAAAGAAAAUAGUGCCUUGUCAAGUAACUAACGUCCUGCAUUCCGAUGAUUGAAUUAUAGAUGAACAAUCUUUUAUGAAAUCAAAAUCAUUCCUACUAAAAGCCAUUCAUAUCUCUCUUUCA